GGCGCGGCCAUGGAGGUGGUGGGCGACUUCGAGUACAACAAGCGGGACCUCGUGGGACACGGGGCCUUCGCCGUGGUCUUCCGGGGGCGGCACCGCCAGAAAACGGAUUGGGAAGUAGCUAUUAAAAGUAUUAAUAAAAAGAACUUGUCAAAAUCACAAUUACUGCUUGGGAAGGAAAUAAAAAUCUUAAAGGAACUUCAGCAUGAAAAUAUUGUAGCACUCUAUGAUGUCCAGGAAUUACCCAACUCUGUCUUCCUGGUGAUGGAGUAUUGCAAUGGUGGAGACCUGGCAGAUUAUUUGCAAGCUAAAGGAACUCUCAGUGAAGAUACUAUCAGAGUGUUUCUGCAUCAGAUCGCAGCUGCCAUGCGAAUUCUACACAGCAAAGGAAUAAUCCAUAGGGAUCUCAAGCCACAGAAUAUAUUGCUAUCUUACGCUAAUCGCAGAAAGUCAAGUAUCAGUGGUAUUCGCAUCAAAAUAGCGGAUUUUGGGUUUGCUCGUUACCUACAUAGUAACAUGAUGGCUGCAACACUCUGUGGGUCCCCGAUGUACAUGGCUCCUGAAGUUAUUAUGUCUCAACAUUAUGAUGCUAAGGCAGAUUUAUGGAGCAUAGGGACAGUAAUAUAUCAAUGCCUAGUUGGAAAACCACCCUUUCAGGCCAGUAGUCCUCAAGAUUUACGGAUGUUUUAUGAGAAAAACAGGAGCCUGAUGCCUAGUAUUCCCAGAGAAACAUCACCUUAUUUGACUAAUCUUCUUUUGGGUUUGCUUCAGAGAAACCAAAAAGAUAGAAUGGAUUUUGAAGCCUUUUUUAACCAUCCUUUUCUUGAGCAAGUUCCAGUAAAAAAAUCUUGCCCAGUCCCAGUGCCUGUGUAUACUGGCUCUGUCUCUGGAAGCUCCUGUGGCAGCUCUCCAUCUUGUCGUUUUGCCUCACCACCAUCCCUUCCAGAUAUGCAGCAUAUUCAGGAAGAAAACUUGUCGUCCCCACCAUUGGGUCCUCCAAACUAUCUACAAGUAUCAAAAGAUUCUGCCAGUACUAGUAGCAAGAACUCUUCUUGUGACACGGAUGACUUUGUUUUGGUUCCACACAACAUCUCGUCCGACCACUCAUAUGAUAUGCCAAUGGGAACUGCUGGCAGACGUGCUUCAAAUGAGUUCUUGGUGCUUGGAGGGCAGUGUCAGCCUUCUGUGUCACCUUACAGUGAAACAGCACCAAUUCCAGUUCCCACUCAGAUAAGGAAUUACCAGCGCAUCGAGCAGAAUCUUACGUCUACUGCCAACUCUGGCACAAACGUACAUGGUUCUCCAAGAUCUGCAAUGGUACGAAGGUCUAACACCAGCCCUAUGGGCUUUCUCCGGUUGGGCUCCUGCUCUCCGGCACCAGCAGACACGGUACAGACUGUUGGACGAAGACUCUCAACAGGAUCUUCCAGGCCUUAUUCACCUUCUCCUUUGGUUGGUACCAUUCCUGAACAAUUUACUCAGUGUUGCUGUGGGCAUCCUCAGGGCCAUGAAUCCAGGAGUAGAAACUCAUCAGGUUCUCCGGUGCCUAGGGCUCCAUCACCACAGUCUCACUUAUUGGGUGCUAGACUGCAGAGUGCCCCCACACUCACCGACAUCUACCAGAACAAACAGAAGCUUAGAAAGCAGCAUUCUGACCCUGUGUGCCCAUCUUACACUGGGGCAGGAUAUAGCUACUCACCUCAGCCCAGUAGACCUGGAAGCCUUGGAACCUCCCCCACCAAACACUUGGGGUCAUCUCCGCGGAGUUCUGACUGGUUCUUUAAAACUCCUUUACCAACAAUCAUAGGCUCUCCAACUAAGACCACAGCUCCUUUCAAAAUCCCUAAAACACAAGCAUCUUCAAACCUACUAGCCUUGGUUACUCAUCAUGGACCUUCUGAAGGACAAUCUAAAGAUGGGAGUGACCUUCAGGAAUGUUCUCAUUGUCUCUUAGUGCAAGGAAGUGAGAGACAGAAGUCUGAACAGCAGAAUAAGGGAGUGUUUGGCAGAUCUGUUAGUACUGGAAAAUUAUCAGAUCAGCAAGUGAAGGGACCUUUAGGACAUCAGGGCAGCACUGAUAGUUUAAAUACAGAGCGACCAAUGGAUAUAGCCCCUGCAGGAGUCUCUGGUGUUGUUGUAGCACCUCCUGUAGGAACAGGGAUGAGUUCCAGGGCUGUUUUGUUCACUGUAGGAUCUCCUCCACAUUGUGCCACAGGCCCAACUUGUACUCAUAUGGUCCUUCGAACAAGAGCAACCUCAGUGGGCUCCAGUAGCUCCGGAGGUUCCCUGUGCUCUGCAAGUGGCCGUGUAUAUGUGGGCUCCCCGCCUGCACAAUGCUUAGGGUCUUCUCCAGGAGCAGAGGCAGCUCCUGGUCUGAGAUACAUACCUUAUGGUGCUUCACCUCCCAGCUUGGAGGGGCUUAUCACCUUCGAAGCCCCUGAACUGCCAGAGGAGACACUCAUGGAGCGAGAACAUACAGACACCUUGCGCCACCUGAAUGUGAUGCUUAUGUUCACUGAGUGUGUCCUGGACUUGACAGCCGUGCGGGGAGGAAACCCGGAACUGUGCACAUCUGCUGUCUCCCUGUACCAGAUUCAGGAAAGUGUGAUUGUGGACCAAAUCAGUCAGCUGAGCAAAGACUGGGGUCGAGUGGGAGCAGCUGGUAUAUAUAUGAAAGCAGCACAGCUGCUGGCAGCAUCUCUGCAUCUCGCCAAAGCCCAGAUCAAGUCCGGAAAACUGAGCCCAUCCACAGCUGUGAAACAAGUUGUCAAAAAUCUGAAUGAAAGAUAUAAAUACUGCAUUACCAUGUGCAAGAAACUUACAGAAAAGCUGAAUCGCUUCUUCUCUGACAAGCAAAGAUUUAUUGAUGAAAUCAACAGUGUAACUGCAGAGAAGCUCAUCUAUAACUGUGCUGUAGAAAUGGUUCAGUCUGCAGCCCUAGAUGAGAUGUUUCAGCAAACUGAAGAUAUUGUUUAUCGCUAUCAUAAGGCAGCCCUUCUUUUGGAAGGCCUAACUAAGAUUCUCCAGGACCCUGUGGAUAUUGAAAAUGUACAUAAAUAUAAGUCUAGUAUUGAAAGAAGAUUAUCAGCCCUCUGCUACAGCACCUCCUCAGCUAUGUGAGCAGCAGCAGGUGUGUCCCAGGAACCAUUGGUAGAAUGAGAGGUGAUAUGUUUGGAAAUACAACUUGGAGUCUUUCAUCCUAUUGCCAAAAAAAUGGCAGUUUCUUCACUGAUGACUACCAAAGAAAAAGCAGUGAUUUAAGAAAAAAAAAAAUCCCCAAACUACAUAUACAUAGUGGGAGCCUGCCUUAUUGGAGAAGUUACCCCUCCCCUUAUUCUUUAUAGAAGCCAAAAUAAGAGUUUUCCACUUGUCUUUCAGUUUGAACUUGGUAAAUAUCUAUAUCGUAAAACUAGAACUAUCAAUACAAUUAUUCCUAAGUAUAGUUAAGAAUGAAGCAAAGUGACUCACCAGAGCAUGUUUCUACAUGUUUGUUGAAGGUUAAAAAAAAAAAAAAAAACUCUCAUCUAGGCAGUUUAACAUUUGGAGUAAUUUUUUCUAAUUCUGAGCACACACCUUAAGCAGCUCAGGAAGAAAUUAGCUUAAGAAGUGGAAGGUGACUCUUGGAAGAAAUUGUGAAAUCUUCGAUUUGAUCAGAAAUGGACACAGAUUAAUCUUCCAAAAUCUUUCAUAUUGCACUAAUUUAUUAAAACAACUGUGUAUUGGAUUUUGCAACUUAAUACUAACUGAGGCACAAUGGACUUGUUUCAAAUAUUUUACUUGAUUACAUACGUAUAUCCUUUCCAGAAUUCACAUAUAAUCUCUAGUGGACUUUUAAAUGGUAAAAUCUUGUGUUUAUGUGACCUUUUCAUUUUUUUUAACCUGUUCAUAUCUACCUACAGAUUUUCUCAGUGAUAUGUUGAAUUGCUUGUUGUUUGAUUUUGGUUGCAUUUUUAUUGUGCAUGCAGAAUGUGCAUUGAUGCCUGUGACUUCUAGGUUUAUUAAAGACUAGGUUUAUUUGGGCAGUAUUAGAAAGAAUAUUAAUCAAGAGAUAAACUCAAGAAUUUUAUAAGGUCCAAAACAAAGUUGGUGAUGGUUUGUUAGUGAUGUGAAGUUUCUACAUGAAAGUGAAAAUGAAGUUUGUUUCCUCCUAGGGAAAUAGGCAGCCCACUCUAGCCUAUUGUGUAUUUCAUAAUUCUGACAGUUGACCAAAUAGCAAGCUAGUCAUGGAGAAUGCAGGCAGUUGUCAUCCCUCCAGAAAUAGUAUCUUUAUUACAUACUAUUUGGUUUCUUUUACUUACCUGCUUGAAUACUUGAAUAAACCAUUCCCCAGUUUUAUUUUUUAACUUUAUCCUCUUAGAGAAAUAUAUAAUCUGAACUCUGACAAAUUGCACAGAAACUUGUUGACAGUAAUCUAAUUUUAGUCUACUUAAUGAUACAAACAAAAUGUUUUCCUUUACUUUGACAAAAUAAUGUAAUUUUUACCUUAUUUAUCUGUAUGAAAUUUUAGCAAUUAAUUUGAACAUUUAUUUAUAUAAUGUUUGUAAUUUUAGGUCUUUAAUACAGUGUUUCUACCUCUCAUUUGUAACUUGCAUGCAUUAUUCUUGAAACUAGUAAAACUCACCAACUUGUUGUUUAAUAAUAGCUUUUUUAUUAUUGCCUGUACAGAUGUAUAUUAAGGUAAAAUAAAACUGACAAAGUGUUUUUAGGGUGAA